UAGAGACAAAUUUACAACCACUUGUUUCACUAUAGAAAAAUUUAUUAUUCAAAUCGGGUCAGGACUUCUGGCCCACCCUUUAUAGGUGUGCGCUAACAUCUAUCCUUUAUUCAGUCAAGGUACAAAAACUACUAGAACUAGUCACUAUAGUCAACGUGAAACUAGUAGAAAGUAGCGCUUACUUGCAGAAAUUUUAGUUGUAGAAUAUCUCGACCUCUUUAUUCUGCUCUCUUAUGACUGGCUAAUCCAUGAAAUAUCUAAUAGACUUUUUUCCAUGUUUGUUUUAGACCACAUAUUGUAUAUUAUAUGCAAAUGCUUAUGGCCUGUACGGUGUAUACAAAUAGUACCAAAAAAAGCUGAGAUUUUUAUACUCAUCACUUGUUAUUAUUUUCGGUUCCACUGUAAUGAAUCUUUUAGCCAGUGAGAACUGUCGUUUUACUUAGUGUAGAAAAUGAAUGAACCUUAUUCGCUUAUAUUUAAAUUGAAGUUGUGACUGUUGUUGUGGUUCUACAUCUUGUUAGUCAUUCUCUAUAUCUUAAUCUAUAAAACCAGUCUGGCUCAACUCUUCUUGUUGUUGUUUUGUUUGUUUCCUUCAUUUUUAUAUUUACCUGUUUGGUGUUAAGCAAUUGAUAAAUGAGUGAUCGAACUGAUUCACCCGAUUCCUCCUUUAACAAUCAUCGUUACUUGGUGAAACUAAGAGGUUUACCUUAUACAACAACUAAAGAUACUAUUCGAAAAUUCCUUGACCGUACGUAUAUAAUAAAACUAUUUUUUUACAUUAAAUUCUUUGUUACUUAUAGCAUAUGCCCAUAGUGUUGAAAAGUGAUUCUCAGCUUAAAAUAUUUUAUGUCUGUUUCUUGUACAUUUAGCGUGUCAUAUUCACAAUGGUGAUAGUGGUAUUCAUAUGUUAACUAUAAAUGAUGGUCGAUCAUCUGGAGAAUGUUUUGUUGCUUUGGAAUCUGAGUAUGAUGUUAAAACAGCUUUAUCAAAAUCAAGAGAACAUAUUGGAAAACGAUAUAUAGAGGUAUUUCGUGCAAAGGAUUCCGAAUACAACUUUUAUGUCAAAAACAAUGGUCUUGUAUCCUGGCGAGAACCAGUUAUUCGAAUGUCUGGUUUACCAUACCGUUGUUCAAUAUCGGAUAUACAAAAAUUUUUUGAUGGUUUGGAAAUAUCUAAAAAUGGUGUAUAUAUCGUCCGCGAUUUUGAUGAACGUGCUAUUGGCGACGGUUAUGUAGCCUUCGCAAACAUGGACAAUGCUUAUGAGGCUAUGGAAUUAAAUCAAAAACAAAUUGGACAUAGAUACAUCGAAUUAUAUCCAAGUACUUAUAAAGAAGUACGCCAGCGUAUAGCCAGUGACGCCAGUAAACAAUCAGAUCGAUUUAGUGGUUUAAACGAUACAAAAGGCAGAGGAGGGCAGUCAAAACGACAUCAUUCAUCAAGAUCAAGAUCAAGAAGUCCAACUGAUCGUCGUUCACCUGUCUCAACUCGUCUACCUGCGCAUUCUUGUAGUCGCAGUCGUAGCCGCGAUCGACGUAGUUCUUCUGUAUCAAAUAAAUAUACAGUCAAAAUGCGUGGACUUCCUUAUCGGGCGACUGAAGAAAAUAUACGAAAAUUUUUUUCUCCUUCGUGUGAACCAUCUUCUGUGGAAAUUUUAUAUCAUCGUCAAUCAAAUCUUCCAAAUGGUGAUGCGUUUGCACACUUUGACACCUAUGAAGAUGCCAAAAGAGCAUUAAAAUUUGAUAAGAAAUAUAUGGGUAGUCGUUAUAUUGAACUAUAUUUUGAAUCAUCUGGUACAAAUGAGCGUCCAUCUCGCGAGCGUCAUCGAUCACACUCUCACGAUCAACGAAAUAGUAGAAACGAGAGGAAUAAUUAUGAUGUGAAUGCUUCAAAUAGUGGUGGUCAUCAGGUAAUGAAUGGUGAUUCUUCUCAGCAAGGUAUCGGCGGCGGCGCAAGUAGUCAACAAAUUUCUACAACCGUUUCGACUGGACGUGUUCAAAAUAAUAAUGGUUUAAAAGCAAAACGUUUUCAAAGAAACAAUCUAAAUCGAUUUGAUCCAACAGGACAGCAACAAUAUGGGCAGCAGAGAGCUAAUGUAGGAGGAGGAGGAGGUGCAGGAGGAGCAGGAGGAGGAGCAGGAGGAGCAGGAGGAGCAGGAGGAUGGCCACAACAAGGUGGAUAUGAUCCAUAUACACAACAGCAAGGAUAUGGAAUGCAAGCAUCAAUGGGUUAUGGAGGUUAUCCUACAGAUCCAUAUUAUAAUCAACAACAAGCUUAUAAUCAAGCAGCAGCCAUGUAUGGACAACCCACUUAUACUGAUCCAGCAGUGGCCAUGUACUCACAACAACAACCACAGCCGUUAGUGCCCAAUUCGAUGGGCGGAGCUAUUCCACCUGAAUCACCAAAAGGCGGUCAUGUUGUUUAUGUUUAUGGUAUUGGACAACGGGCAACACAAACAGAAUUACAAAUGUUAUUUGAACAAUUUGGACGUGUUCUUCGUGUAGAUGUGAUUAUUGAUUUUAAUACUAGUUUGUGUAAAGGAUAUGCAUUCGUUGCCAUGGAACGUUAUCAAGAUGCACAGGCCGCUAUACAAAAUUUAAAUCGAAUGCCGUUUCAUGGUAGACAAUUACAGGUUAGGUUUAAAACAACAACAUAA